UUUUUGUCGUAAUAUUUUCUAAUAAAAAUAAAUUUUUUCAAUAAUUUCAAUAAUCAAAAAUGUCUGCAGGUGAGGUAAAAAAGACAGAAGAACCUUUAAUAUUUCAUACGUAUCCUUUAUGUAAAUAUAGUGAUAUGCGAGAAGAAAUGAAACAAGAAGCAAUAGAAAUAUGUGUUACUGCAACGGAAAAAUAUACUGAUAACCAUGAAUUAGCAGCUCGAAGUAUUAAAGAAAGUUUAGAUAAUAGAUUUGGAGGUCCAUUUCAUGUUGUCAUUGGAGAAUCAUAUGCUUGUGCAGUUACAUAUCAAGCAACAUCAUUAUUAUACAUGUAUAAUGCUGGCAAUAUUGCUAUUCUUGUAUGGAGAACAGUUUCAACUUUUUAAUGAUAAUAUUAAAAUUUUAGCAUUUUAUUGUAAACAAAUUUUAUACUAUAUAACAUAAUAUUUCUCUUAUAUUUAUUUUACAUUCUCUUCUGAAGAAG